GGCUCCUGUCACGCAGGCGCACGGCGGCCCGGCGCGGGACGAGAGGAGGCAACGGCUGUGUGGCCUGCGGGCGCGCGCUCCCUUACCGGCCAACGGACGCGAGGCGCGCGCCAUGGAACAACGGUUAGCUGAGUUUCGGGCCGCGCGGAAACGGGCGGGUCUGACAGCCCAACCCAGCGCUGCCAGUCAGGGCGCACAAACCCCAGGAGAGAAGGCGGAAGCAGCAGCGACUCUAAAGGCAGCCUCGGGGUGGCUAAAGCGGUUCCUGGUAUGGAAACCUAGGCCCGCGAGUGCCCGAGCCCAGCCCGGCCUGAUUCAGGAAGCGCCGCAGCCCCAGGGCAGCACAUCACGGCCACCAUGGAACAUAGCCAUUCCUCUACCAUCAUGCUGGGACCAGUCUUUCCUGACCAAUAUCACCUUCUUGAAGGUUCUUCUCUGGUUGGUCCUGCUGGGAUUGUUUGUGGAACUGGAAUUUGGCCUGGCAUAUUUUGUCCUGUCCUUGUUCUAUUGGCUGUACGUCGGGACACGAGGCCCUGAAGAGAAGAAGGAGGGAGAGAAGAGCGCCUACUCUGUGUUCAAUCCGGGCUGCGAAGCCAUCCAGGGCACCCUGACUGCAGAGCAGUUGGAGCGCGAGUUACAGUUGAGACCCCUGGCAGGGAGAUAGGACCCAGCUGUGCCAUCAUGCAGCUAACUUCUGAUGUCUUCCUCACCACUGGCUAUGGAUUUGAUUUCAGGUGUAUAGGACUAAAGGCAGCUUGCAGGUUAGCUCUGUGACUGCAUGGUUCUUCUACAUUCUUUCCCUGAUCUUUUGCUGCCAUUUGAUCUUUGAAUUUCUCUUUAGUGUUGGUGAAACUCUCUAAAGUACAUUCACUGUGGGUCCGAUGCAAUUUAUAAAAAUUAUGUACUCAAGAAGGGAGACCUGUUUGUCUCAUUUCUCAUCUGUUUGGGGGAUGAUUUUAGAGCACUAGAAAGGCACUGGGAAGAUUCUCAGCUUAAAACAUCCAGCCAUUUGAAGUAAUGAUUAGGUACAUCAGGGCUGCAUUGUAAAUGUUCUCUUUAAGUCUUUUAACAUUUAUAGCAAUUUUUUUUUUCCCAGAAAGUUUAGGUUGCAUGUUUUGGGUUUCUUGUUUGUUUUUGUUUUGCUUCCUGCUUUAAUUCUUUCAUUUUCAGUCAUUACUGGUAUUGAAAAAUAAAAUAUCUUUAAAACAUCUCUUCAGAAAUAGGUCCCUCUUCAUUGCCCAUCACCAUCUUCCACUCUCUAUUAUUUUGUCACCACUCAGUAAAGGAAGGUAGGAAGAGACAAAGGACUAAGUGCAGGUGUGGGGAGGGAUUUCACAAGUGGUUAUUAAUAGCCAGUUCAGCAAGAAGUAUUGAGUGUGUACAAAGGGGAGGGCUGGAAAUGUAACUCCAGACCUGUUGGCUGCUUGAGUUGUUUCUUAUAUUCUAAGGCAUAUAGAAUAUAAGAAGUCCCCAACCUUUUUGGCACCAGGGACCAGUUUUGUGGAAGACAGUUUUUCCAUGGAUGGGGUGGUGGUGGAGGUGGUUUCCGGAUGAAACUUCCACCUCAGAUCAUCACGCAUUAGAGUCUCAUAAGGAGCACGCAGCCUAGAUCCCUCGCAUGUGCAGUUCACAAUAGGGUUCUAAGGGCUUUAGAGUAAGCAGCCUUUUCAUCUGUGGGCCUCUGGUGAGAAAUUCUGUAAACAGUGAUAAUCAGGCUGGAUUUUAAUGUUCCUUCCUCUUCCAGUACGAUGUUAGAGUUUGGGUUCGUUAAAAUCAGGCAGACUCCCAUUGGGUUGGGGCUUCUCUCAUUAAUUCCAUUUUGUGGCUAACUUCAUGGUGUUUCAGCCCUUGUUGAAAAUUCUUCUGAUAUGUGUUGCUCUUCCUCACAGCCCUUUGCCCAUUGGGAGUCUGGCUAUUCCUCAGAGCCAUCCAGUCAAGCAGAUGGUCCGUUCUAGCUCACAGAAAAGUCUUUUCUUCCAUGAUUUCUGUCUGAACUGGACAUGUAGAGAGUAUGGGAAACAGAUGAAUCCCUAUUAAACAUGAAGUUUUGAUUGUAUUUAAG